CACAUGCAGCAAAGUCCAGGGUUGGAACAUGUACUGAACAGUAGCGUGGAAAUAGAAUCCAAAGAUCCAGUGCUGCAUGCAUGAGCCACGUCCAGAAGUUUCAGACUGAGUUAGACCUGAACAACAAGCAGUCAUGUUAAGAAACCUACUUCUGUUCCUGUCUGUCUCUGUGAGGAUGGCUGCUGUCAAUGGAUACGGAUACAGAUAUGGGUAUGGAUAUGGGUAUGAAGGUUCUGGGUAUUCGUAUCCGGAAAGCCGAGACACCGAUUACAGUGUCCAAUACACUGGCAGUGCUUACCACGUCGAUUACAGAGAGCCCCGAUGGUGCAAUCACCUGAGAGUCGAGGAUGGUUAUGUGGACUGCCGUUCACCGAGGGGCCCCAACUACAGGAGCACAUUGGGGACCCGCUGUGCCAUACUGUGUGACAGAGGCUACAGGCUGCUGGGGCGAGGGCAUGUGCAGUGUCUAGUGAGCAGGCGCUGGUCUGGCUUCAGCAGGUGCAAACAGGUGCGUUGUCACAUGUUGCCAGCCUUCCCAUAUGGCACCUACAUAUGUUCCAAGGGGUCUGCCAUGGAUUCCCGGUGUGAGUACAUAUGUGAACAAGGAUAUCAGCUGGAAGGAGACCGAACGAGAGUGUGUCUGCAGACUGGCCAGUGGAGUGGGACUGAACCAUUCUGUGUAGAUCAUGAACCCCCCAGGAUAAAAUGCCCGGGGUCACGGGUGAAGGUGGCAGAGCCGGGCAAGAUGAUGACACGAGUGUACUGGGACCCUCCAAGGAUAAAGGAUCCUGCUGAUAAGCACAGCAUAAAGUUGAUUCUGAAGGGCCUGCGGUCGGGGUCUGAGUUUACGGAGGGCGAGCACCUGAUCCGGUACGUGGCCUACGACAGAGAGAGGAACAAGGCCUCCUGCAAGUUCACCAUCAGAGUUCAUGUCAAGCGAUGUCCCACCCUGAAGCCCCUUCUCCACGGCUAUAUCACGUGCACCUCUGAUGGAAAUAACUACGGCGCCACUUGCUCGUACUUGUGCGACGGAGGCUAUGAGCGUCAAGGCGUCCCUAAACGGGUGUGUCUGUUUAAUCGAAGCUGGUCAGGAGUCAGACCGUCCUGCGUGUCCAUUCAAAUCAACACGGAAGUGACGUCAGCGACUGCUCUCUUGGACCAGUUCUAUGAAAAACAGCGUCUCCUGAUCAUAUCCUCUCCCAGUCCAUCAGAUGUCUACUACAGAUUGCAAAUCAACAUGUUGCAGCAAGCCACCUGUGGUCUGGACUUGAGACAUAUAAUACUGAUAGAAUUGGUGGGAUCUCCACCACGAGUCGUGGGGCGUCUGAAUGACCAGGAGCUCUCCUCAGAUGUUAUUGAUCAACUCAGGCAAGUGCAUUACUUAUCCAGCAUGUACUUCAACAUGGUCCUCAUUGACAAAUACGGCAUAGACAGGGAGCGGUAUAUCCAGCCCGCCUCGUCCGGUGAGCUGUUCUCCUUCGUUGAUGAAUACCUGUUGCACAAGGAGGAAAGAGCCCUUCAACAGCAAAAGACAGAACAAUGUGAUUGAGGCUGCUGUGCCUCCAGCCUUCAGCACUCUGACUGCCUCGAUCCUCCUCAGUCCAUUAUGUUCUGCUUGUUUCAAUCCACAAACUGAUCAAUACAGAUCAAUUAUUUUAUUAACUUCCCAAAGUGCAACUUUAAUGACUCUCUCAAGCCCUGAAUGCCUUUAGAAGCUUUCUGAUUAUUCAAAUAAGACCCCAAAAUUGUUUUUUGGUGAACGAAACUGCACAAAGUUGACCUUAACGAAGACCAGUUACAGAAAGGUACAUCAGCCCAAUGAAUAGGAAAUGGUUGCAGAUCGAAACCAGACCAUUUGGCCUAUUACACCUGCUUCAUCUGUGCAGUUUUCAGUCUUUCAUCGCAGUGAAUAACCACGUGGGAAACCUCAAAGAAAACUGUAGCAUUUUUCUCCUUUCCUCCUGCAAUUGUCAUUAAGUACAAGCUCCAAGUUAUCAACCCCUCAUUUCCUCCAUUGCUCAGUCUUGAAUGGUUGGAUUCCACAGAUGAAGAUGAUCACUUGGAUUGUGUUCUGUAGAUGAUUUGAUCACCUCUACUUGUCUUAAUCUCAUAUCCUUCAAUACAUGUUGUAACCGUAUAUUCCAGCAAUUUAUUUUUGUUUAAAAAAAAAGUGAAGUAAUUCACUACUAUUGCAAGCAGUUCAUUUCACACAUCGGCUACAUUGGUGAGAAAUAUCUUUUGAAAUUGUGGUGAGACUGUGGACCUCACUGCCAGAAACCGUGGUCAAAGAAAAAAGCAUGAAUGCAUUUAAAAAGAAACUCGAUGCAUAUAUGAGGGAAAAGGGAAUAGAGGAGGUGUGGGAGAAGGAUGGGUAGAGGCUCAUGUGCACUGGCACGGGCUAGUUGUGCCAAAUGUCCUAUUUCCGUGCUUUCAAGUAUAUCUCAUUCCAUGUAAUCUAUGGUUUGAUUCAAGGUUUUCUAAUUUUGUGUUCUGCUUCCUCAAAUGCUACACAUGUAAUUCUCUCUUUGCAUGUUUACCCAUGAUUAGCACAACCUGCAAAUUAGCAAAACCCCAUUACCCAAAAUAUUUCUACUUUAAUCAUUCCAUUCAAAGACUAUCUGCCCUCUGACAAACCUAUGUCGAUCCUUCUUUAUACAAUUCACCUUUUUAUUCCCCCCUAAUAUUAGUUAUCUUCUGUCAUUGUAACAUUUAAUUUUUUGUAUAUUUUAAAAUCAUACUGCCUUAUUAAAUGCAACUUGCAAUUUUGUUUAUAAUGUUAAUUUUGUGGAGAUAGGAUGUUACCAUGUUCAGGUGGCAAAUAAUGUAUUGUAAUGAGAUCCUUGUGUUCAUUUUCAACUUGCAAAAAUGCACCUAUUUAAUUUACAAAAUUAAUUGCAAGUUUUAUUUUGUCCAGCAUGUUCAUAGGGUGUAACAAAUUUAUCAUGUUAACAAAUAAAAAAAAUGUACAUAUGCAA